ACUCUGGAGACAGAGGAUCUGCUCUGUCUCCUGUCCCUCAGCAUGUCCCCAACCCUGGGACAGCUCCUGGCACUGAUGGCUCUGCUGCUGCUGCAGCCACCAGGGACUCGGGGGGCUCAGUGUCCCAUCCCCGACAUCGCGAACGGGCAGCUGAUCUCUGCUCAGAACUUCACCUGGGGCAGCACGGCCACUCUGCGCUGCCAGCCCGGCUUUGUGCCGCUGGGCGCUGCCAGCACCGUGCGCUGCACACCCGGCGGCCGCUGGUACCCACGGGUGCCCUCCUGCGUGCCAGGGCAGUGUCCCCACCCUCCCCCUGUGGAAUUCGCCGAUCUCCAGCCCCGCCGCGAGUUCCCGGUUGGGAGCACCGUGAGCUACUCCUGCAGGCUCGGCUUCUCCCCGAUCCCCGGCGUGUCCCCAACCAUCACCUGUCUCCAGAACUUCACGUGGUCCUCGGUGCCCCGGCUGUGCCAGAGGGUGCAGUGUCCCAGCCCGAUCAUCCCCCACGGCAGAGAGACCAGCCCCAGGAGAGCCUCCUACACCUUCGGGCAGCAGGUGGAGUUCCAGUGUGAGCCUGGCUUCGCGCUCAGGGGCAGCGAGAGGGUUCAGUGCCUGGCAGAGGGGAUGUGGAGACCCCCCGUGCCCUACUGCGACAGGGUGUGCGACCCCCCUCCCAAAAUCGCCAGCGGGCAGCACUCUGCCCUGGGGGUCAAGCAGUUCCCCUACGGCUUUGAGGUCAAGUACAGCUGCGCAGAGGGGCUGUCCCUCAUCGGGAACGAGUCCAUCUACUGCACCUCCGAGGAUGGAGAGAGGCUGGUGUGGAGCGGAGCUGCCCCGGAGUGCAGGCUGAUCCGGUGCCCCAAGCCCGUGGUGGAGAGGGCGAGGAUGACCCCACAGACCUUCACCUUUCCCUACGGGCUGCUCCUGCACUUCUCCUGUGAUGAAGGCUUCGGGCUGCGCGGUGCUGCCCAGAGCCAGUGCCUGGCUGAUGGCACCUGGGGCCCUCCCCUGCCCACCUGCCAGCCAGUGCUGUGUCCAGAACCACGAGUGCUCUACGGAAGGCUGAGAAGCCCUUUGGGUGGUGAGAGGUGGUACCAGAGCAAUGAAACUGUCACCUUCGAGUGCCUGCCUGGCUACCAGCUCCUAGACAAUGCAAGGAUGCCUUUGGGAGACGCUGGCACAGCCACGUGUUUGCCUGAUGGCAGCUGGACACCGCUGCCCAAGUGUGUGAAAGAAGAUGAUGCUGAUGUGUGCCAAGAGGUUCAUUAUAUUAAAUCAACCUUUGAAUGCGGUGUGCCUGUAGAAGAGCUGAAAACUCUGCUGGAAAUACAGAAACUGUUCCUGGAGAUUAAAAAACUCCAGGUGGAACUCGAAGUUUCCAGCGGGAUCCAGUGGUUUUGGGGGAAAGCUGAGCCCUGGCAGCUGGGUGACUGCGGGCCGCCUCCUGCCAUGACCCACUCCAGGCCCUCCAGCAGCUCCAGCAGCUUCCCGGUGGGCUCCAGGGUGACUUUCACCUGUGCCGAGGGAGCCCGCAGGAUCCCGGGGCUGCCGGACACCUCGGAAUGUCUGCCCGGCAACAUCUGGUCCAGGCUGCCGGAGCCCUGCGGCCGGAGCUGCUCUGCCCCAACUCGGCUGAGGUUUGCUGCCCUGUCCAAGGAGGAUGAGACCAGGAAUUUCUUCCCCGUUGGCACCAACGUGAGCUACGUCUGCCGGCCUGGCUACGAGAACAGCUCGGAGAGUUCCCCCUCCAGCACCUGCCUCGAGAACCUGACGUGGUCACAGCCCCCUGAGCUGUGCAGGAGGAGGUCCUGCGGCGCCCUGGGAGCGCUGCCCGGGGUGAGGACGGGGCCCAUCACAGCCCUGGAGCUGGGAGCACGAGUGGAUGUGUCCUGUGAGGAUGGGUACAAAUUAGUCGGGAAUAAUUUCAUCCAGUGCCAGCUGAAAGGAAACAAUGUUGAAUGGAGCGAACUUCCAACUUGUGAAUUAAUUACCUGCUCUCCACCUCCUCCCAUCAGCCAUGGCAGACACGAUGGGGAAGGCGUUGAAAUUUUUGCUUUUAACUCCACGGUGACCUACAGCUGUGACCCCGAGUUCCAGCUGCUCGGGAAUGGGAGCAUCCGAUGUCAGAGCAGGGACAGAACCAGCGGGGUCUGGAGCGGUGCCGUGCCCGAGUGCAAAGAGAGAAGCUCAGCUGUCAAACUUGGAGCAAAAGGCACAGAGAGCAGAGCUCCUCCCAAAACUCCCCAGGGAAAUGGAAUCCAACCCUCCAGGAAGGGUCUCAGGUGGGAGAUGAAGCUCAGCCUCUAUAAAAAGGCGCUCCAAAACACCAUCUCCUCCUCCCAGCCUUCCUCUUCCUUCAGGAAACCAGUGAGCAGGAACUGGGCUGCCUCAGGGUUCAGAUUUGUUCUGCCUUUGUACAAAUCCCCAAAAUCCUAUUCUGGGGCCAGCAAGGGAGCCGUGUGUCCUCCGAAGCACCUGGGGAUCCUUCCCCCACCUGGCUGCUUUCAGAAGUUAAAACAAUCCAAAUUUCCAUCAUUUUGUGGAAGUGAGUGGGUUUUUCCUAAUGUUCUUGUCUUCUGGAGGUUGUGCACAGCCAGGAGAAGCUGGACAUGGUGGAAAUUCUGGUCCUCCAAAUUCCCCACCCGCUGCAAAGGAGGAUUUUAUCCGAAUUCCUGGCUGCAGCGGAUCCAGCUGUGGAUCCAGCUGCUGGCGGGGCUGAAAAGCAAAGCACGGACUUCCCUGUCCUGCAGAGCACCGCUCACCCCGGGUGUUCCACACCCAACCCAGCUCCCACCGCACUCGCGGAUUUCGUCAGAGCCUUCCCGGAGCUGGGCUGAGCUGAACUGGACGGGAGGGGCAGGCGGGGGCUCCGUGGAGCUCGAACUGGCCCUGCGGGAGUGGCUGCGCUGUCCGGGCAGUGCCGGGGCAACCACGAUGGGCUCCGGCUGCCGCUGCUCGCUCCUGCCGCUGCUGCUGCUGCUGGUGCUGCCUGUGGUGUGGGCGGACUGCGGGCCGCUGCCAAAUAUCAGCCACGCCGAGCCCCAGGGGGACACCAAAGAGCAGCAGAGCUUCAGUGUGGGCUCCACCGUGACCUUCAGCUGUGUCCCGGGUUACACCAAGCGCCCCUUUCUCUCCGACACCAUCCAGUGCCUGAGCAACUCCCGCUGGUCCAGCCUGCCAGAGUUCUGUGGCCGCAGCUGUCCCAGGCCACCAGUUGUGAAAUUUGCUUCGAUAUCACCAGAAGAUCAAAGGCAGAAUUUUUACGCCGUUAAUACCACGGUGAGGUACAUUUGUCGCCCAACUCAUGAAAACACCACAGACCAGCCCCCCACCAGCACCUGUUUGGACAACUUAACGUGGACAGAAGUUCCUGAACUGUGUCAGAAGAAAUCUUGUGGUAUUCCAGCCAAUCCAGAACAUGGCCAAGUUAUGGCAAAAGAUCAUGAGCUGGGAGCAACAGCCAAUGUGGUUUGUGACCGUGGGUACAGAUUGGAGGGAGCGUCACCUUCCAUCAGGUGUUCCCUGCAGGAAGGCAAAGCUGUCUGGAGUCCUCUUCCAGCUUGUCAGGUGAUUUCCUGUCCCCCUCCUCCAGCCAUUGCUCACGGGCAGCACAGUGGGAACAGCUCGCAGGAGUUUGUGUUCGGCUCCAUCACAACCUACACGUGUGAGCCGGGGCUGGAGCUGGUGGGACAGGACACCCUGCGCUGCACCACGGACAGCGGGGACAGCGGCGCCUGGAGCGGGGCCCCUCCCACCUGCCGGGUUAAAACCACAGCAGAGACAAACCAAACCAAAGCCUCAGAAGAGAAUCCUUACUGGCUGGCAAGCAUCCUCAUUCCAAGUUGCAUUGUUCCCCCAGUAGUCCUUGGACUUCUUGCUGGGGUCAUCAUGAGCCGGAAAGAGAGUGAAAAGCACUCUUAUAAUGUGAAUUUACAAAAGCGUGAGAUGAAGGGAAGGGAUGCAGCCACGCACCUGGAGGUUACAGAUGAGAAGAAGCAGCCCAAGCCCUGGAAUUCCUAUUUUUGUCACACAGGGAACUGCCACGUGUGCCCCAGCUGUGAGGAGCAGCUCCACAGUGACCUGGCCCCUCUCUCAGAGCCCACACGCCCCGGCUGCACCGUCUGCCAGGACUGGCUGAGCUCCCAGCCCCAAAAACCCCGCACCUACUCGGUCCCCAGCAUCAGUGAUGGGGACAGGCAGAGCCCAGCAGGCACCAGCUCUCCUGCCAAAGCUGGGGAUGUGCUGAGGGGAAAUGGCACAGAAGAAGCUGCUCCGUGGUGGAGUGAGGCAGAGCAGCCCAGGGACCACCAAAGUGAGCACAUCUGUCCCAUCUGUGAGAGCUGGCUCCGUGCCCACACUGGCCAGGGUGGCAGCAGGGCUGUGACACCGGGGGACUGGCAGGACAAGGGCCCAGAGCGCCCCGUCUGCCCUCCCUGCAUGGACUGGCAGCUGCUGUCCCUUGUCCACGGGGACACAGGCAGCAGCCCCGUGUGUCCCCUGGCCGGGGGGGACACCCUGAGCCACCUGGUCCCUGUGCAGAGCCCCGGCUGCCACAUCUGUCCCGUGUGCUCGGUGCCCAGCCACGCUCACCUGUGCAGCCCCCGCGCCCGGCGGCCGCAGCAACAGCGGCAGCCUGAGGCACCUGCGGCCUCCCCGGGGGUGCUGGCUGUGCCUGGAUGUGCCGGGGAGCCCACAGUUCCUGUCUCACAGUCCUGGGAAGUCCCCCAGCAGCGUCUCCUUCCUCCCACGGGGGCACUGGGGGGAACUGGGGGGGAACUGGGGUGCCCAUAUCUGCCCUGCACCCCGGAGCCGCCGGCAGUGCCGGGGAUGGUGCCCACCUUCACCCUCUGCCUGCUGGGCAGCACCGCUCUGCUCCUCAGCACCGCGCCCGGGGCUCGAGCUGCCCUGUGCCCGUUCCCACGCGUCCAGCACGGGACGGUGUCCCCUCGUCGCUAUUCCUACAGGACAUGGGACACGGUGACCUUCUCCUGCAGCCCGGGGUACGCUCUGCGAGGCUCCCGCAGCAGCACCUGCGGAGCUGGCUCCAGGUGGAACCCCCCUCCUCCAGAGUGCAGGAAAGAGAUGAGCUGUCCUCGGCCACCGAACAUCGCCAAUGGGCUGCACAGCGGCCACUCCUGGGCCAGCUUUCCCCGGGGAGUGACCGUGUCCUACAGCUGCAGCGAGGGCUUUCAGCUGCUCGGGAAUGCCUCCAUCACCUGCACGGACUCCGGGCUCUGGAGCCGGCCCCUGCCCCGCUGUGAAGCCAUCGGCUGCCAGGUACCCGAGGUGCAGAACGGGAACGUCUACAACCCCCAGAGCACCUACAGAGCUGGAGAGACUCUGCUGUUUGACUGCGAUGCUGGAUACAGCUCAGAGGACACGACUGAGGCUCGCUGCCAGCCCGGGGGCACCUGGGACCCGCCGCUCCUUGUCUGCCAGAGGGUCCGACCGUGCCCGAUGCCUCCGGAGGUCGCCAAUGGAAAGCACAACGGGCAGGACAAAGCGUUUUUCACGGCUGGGAUGUCUGUGAGGUACAGCUGCCAUGCCGGCUAUUACCUGGUUGGAAAUGCCGCUGUGUCUUGCAGAGCAUCGGGGAACUGGAGCCAGCCCAGCCCUCGCUGUGAAGAGAUAAGCUGUCCUCGGCCACCGAGCAUCGCCAAUGGGCUGCACAGCGGCCACUCCUGGGCCAGCUUUCCCCGGGGAGUGACCGUGUCCUACAGCUGCAGCGAGGGCUUUCAGCUGCUCGGGAAUGCCUCCAUCACCUGCACGGACUCCGGGCUCUGGAGCCGGCCCCUGCCCCGCUGUGAAGCCAUCGGCUGCCAGGUACCCGAGGUGCAGAACGGGAACGUCUACAACCCCCAGAGCACCUACAGAGCCGGAGAGACUCUGCUGUUUGACUGCGAUGCUGGAUACAGCUCAGAGGACACGGCUGAGGCUCGCUGCCAGCCCGGGGGCACCUGGGACCCGCCGCUCCUUGUCUGCCAGAGGGUCCGGCCGUGCCCGAUGCCUCCGGAGGUCGCCAAUGGAAAGCACAACGGGCAGGACAAAGCGUUUUUCACGGCUGGGAUGUCUGUGAGGUACAGCUGCCAUGCCGGCUAUUACCUGGUUGGAAAUGCCGCUGUGUCUUGCAGAGCAUCGGGGAACUGGAGCCAGCCCAGCCCUCGCUGUGAAGGGACCGUCUGCAUCAGUCCAAUCGUAGCCAACGGAAGGCAAAUUGCUGGCCACGGACUCCUCUCUGCGCCCGGGCAAACGGUGACAUUUCAGUGCCACGAUGGUUACAGGCUGCGGGGCAGUGCCAGCGUGUCCUGCCAGGAGGAUGGCAGCUGGCAGCCCCCUGCACCUGUGUGUGACACAGCACUGCCUCACCAGGACACCUUCAGCAGCUCUCCAGUGACCAAUCCUUCCACCACCAGGCACAGGUUGAUUGGACAGUCCAGCAGACGCUGUCAGAUCUCUGGGGCACGCGUUGCAUGGAGCGGUGACGUUCCCCUCUGUCAGCGCAUCCCUUGUGAGCCACCUCCAGACAUCCCCAACGGGAAGCACUCGGGCCGGCUGCUGAGCGAGUUCCUCUACGGCACCUCGGUGACCUACAGCUGUGACCCCGGCUUCCCUCUGCACGGGGAGCCCUCCAUCCACUGCACCACCCGCGACGGCAGCAGCGGCGUGUGGAGCGAGCCCCUGCCGGCCUGUGGAGUGGCGAGUUGUCCGGUCCCACGGAUCCAGAAUGGGAGGAUCGUGGCUCCCAGGUCUGCCUACGCACACAGGGACACGGUGACAUUUGAAUGUGACCCAGGCUACGCCAUUCGUGGCCACAGAGAGCUCCAGUGCCAACCAAACAACACCUGGGAGCCGCCUGUGCCGGUCUGCGAGCCGGCUGGCUGCAGAGCCCCUGCCAGGCUGGAGUUUGCCGAGCUGAAGGAGCCCUACAGGAAUCAGGAGGUGUUUCCUGAGGGGAGCAGGGUGGAAUACGUGUGCCAGCCUGGCUACACCCAGCUCCCGGGGGUCUCGCCAACCAUCACCUGCCUCAGGAACCAGACGUGGUCUGCAGCGCUGCAGUUCUGUCAAAGGCAGCAGUGUCCCAGCCCAGGGGACCCAGAGAAUGGCAGAGCUGUUGUCCUCACAGAUCUCCUCCUCGGCUCCAGAAUUAAUUACACUUGUGACAAAGGGUACAAGCUGGUGGGAGGCUCCCAGAGAAUUUGUGAGGUCUCUGGCACAGGUGUCUCGUGGAGUGGGGAUCCUCCUGUCUGCCAGCGCAUCACCUGCGCUCCCCCUCCGGCCAUCCCGCACGGGACACACAGCGGGGGCUCCAGGGACACCUUCACCUUCGGGGACGUGGUCACCUACAGCUGCAGCUCGGGGCUGGCCCUGGCUGGAGACGCCUCCCUGUCCUGCAGCUCUGCGGACGGGCAGCGCGGCUCGUGGAGCGGGGCAGUGCCACGGUGCCAAGGUACGGCUCGGGGUGUGCCCACAGCCAGCUCUGCCUGUCCCCCUGCCCAUGGGGACACGAGUGAUUUUAUUUCUUCACAGCAGUUCAUGUCAGUGUUCAGAACGACUCAGAGCAUUUACAACUUUUCAAAUCAUUUUUCUACGCAUAAAAUGUUUAAGGUGAGGUGUCCUGCUCCCCCCAGCAUUGCCAAUGGGCAGCACAGUGGCAGCCCUGGGGCCAGGCACAGCCCGGGCUCCGAGGUGCUGUACACCUGUGCCGAGGGUUAUUCCCUGCUCGGGAACGCUUCCAUCCGCUGCACUGCCAGGGGAACCUGGAGCCGGCCCCAGCCCCGCUGCCAAGCAACCGGCUGCACCAAGCCGGAGAUUGAGAACGGAAAAGCAACUGGGUUGGAGACCACCUACAAGCUGAAGGACAUCAUUUUCUUCGAAUGCAACUUUGGUUAUGCCUUGAAGGGCUCUCAAGAGUCUCAGUGCCAGUUUGGGGGCAAGUGGCACCCUCCUGUCCCCACCUGUGAGAAGCUGCUGCCGUGUCCUCCCCCUCCAAUUAUCAGAAACGGCCAGCACGACAGCAAGGGUGUGACAGAGUUCAUCCCUGGCACGUCAGUGAAGUACAACUGUGAGCCGGGGUACGCCCUCACCGGGAAAACCACGGUGUCCUGUUUGCCAUCGGGAGUCUGGAGCAUCCCUUACCCCCGCUGUGAAGUGAUCACCUGCAGCAGCCCCAGCAUCAAGAACGGAGAGGUGGCCGAGGGCAGAAGGGCUGUGUACCACCCUGGGGACAAUGUCACCUUCCAGUGCCAGCCAGGCUUCGUGCUGAGGGGCAGCCGUGGGGCCAAGUGCCAGCCUGACAGCCGCUGGGUGCCUGCUGUCCCCACCUGCCAGCCAGCGGCCGAUUGUGGCACACCACCACCGCUGCUAUUUGCUGAGCUAAGUGAGGAGUAUGAAAAUCAGACUGUGUUUCCUGUUGGGAUGACUGUGAACUACACCUGUCGGCCUGGAUACAUGGAACAGCCACAGAUAUCACCAACUAUCACAUGUCUUGAAAAUCUAACGUGGUCUGAAGCCAAGGAGUUUUGCAAAAUUCUGCAAUGCCCUUCACCUCCAAAUAUUGACAAAGGAAAGCACAACAGCCAUGACGUGGAGGUUUUUCCCUCUGGGAUGGUUGUGAACUACAGCUGUGACCCUGGCUACAGCCUCCUGGGAGAGGCAUCCAUCCACUGCACCGACUCUGGCAACUGGAGCCUCCCUCUCCCUCAGUGUGCAGGUGGCUGUGGUGCACCUCCAAACCUCACCUUUGCUGAGCUAAGCAGGGAAUACAGAAAUCAGCUGGAAUUUGCUGUUGGGGACACCGUGCGCUACAGCUGCCGGCCGGGACACUCGAGACGCCCCGGAGUGCCCCAAACUCUGACUUGCCUCCAAAACCGCACGUGGUCUGAAGCCCUAGAGUUCUGCAAAAGGAAGCAAUGUAAACACCCAGAGUCCCCCAGGCACGGCAGAGUUGUUGUUCUGACAGAUCUCCUUUUCGGGUCAACCGUGAGCCACACGUGUGACCAAGGGUACAGACUGGUUGGACAGUCCCACAGGAGAUGUGAGAUUUUGGGAAGAGAUGUUGUCUGGACCGGUCUGCCUCCCACCUGUCAGAGGGUGGUGUGCCCAGCCCCACAGAUCCAGAAUGGGAGGGCGGCUGUCCCCAAGUCCCGCUACACCUACAGGGACUCUGUCACCUUCAAGUGCCACCGAGGCUUCACCCUGCGAGGCCACCACACGUCCCAGUGCCAGGGUGACAGGAGGUGGCACCCACCUGUACCUGUCUGUGAGCGGGAUGGAGCGGCAGCACCUUACCACCAGCCUGGUACCACAACAAAGCCAGUGCUGCACUGCUCCAAGCCUGCAGAUAUCACCCACGGGUCUUUCCAUGGCCCAGCAAAAGCAGCUUUUACUCCGGGAACAUCUGUAAACUACACCUGUGAGCCUGGCUUUUCUCUGCUGGGGACAGCAUCCAUUUAUUGCACAGCAUCUGGAGCCUGGAGCCAUCCCCCUCCCGUCUGUCAAGCCGGGAAGUGUCUGCAGCCUCCAAACAUCACCAAUGGGAGGCUCAAAGGCAACACCUCUGCCAGCUUUCCCUCCGGAGCCUCUGUAUCCUACAGCUGCAAUCCUGGUUAUUCACUGCUUGGGAAUGCUUCCAUCACCUGCACCGUGUCGGGAGCCUGGAGCCAGCCUCUCCCGCAGUGUAAAGAGAUCAGAUGUGAAUUCCCGGAUGUCCAAGGUGUUAAAAAAGCCAUUAAAGGAAAUACUUAUCGCUCUGGGACUAACAUCACUCUGGAAUGUGAUGAAGGUUACGUGCUGGAAGGAAUCAGCCACACCCAGUGCCAAGAGGAUUUCAGCUGGGACCCUCCUGUGCCAGCCUGUAAACUGACAUCCUCCCACUCCAGUUCUGUUGGCCUAGGAGUGGCGGCUGCAGCAGUUCUGCUGCUCCUGGGGGCAGGCGUUGUCUGGAAAAUAAUCUCCAAGCAGAAGGAAGGCUAUUAUCGUACCUAUGAGAACUACAAUUACAGAACCCCCCUGACCCCAGCAACUGAGCACAAAGAUUUGUGUCUGCCAUGGAGCGGCGGCCAUGGCGGCCCCGCGCUGAGGGAGCCCCUGAGGGAGCGGCGGCCAUGGCGGCGCCGCGCUGAGGGCGGGCCGUGUGGGCGGCCCCACGCAUGCGCACCCGGCCCCGCGCUGCGUCUCCGCCGCCGCCGCCGCCGGGAGGGAGCGGAGCGGCCGCAGCCGCGGUCCCGCUGCGGGAUGGGGCAGCUCCCGGUGCCGCUCCCGCUGCCGGUGCUGCUGCCCGCGCUGCUGCUGUGGCAGCUCGGCGGAGCCCGGGCUGAGGGCUCGUGUCCCAGGCCAGAGCGGCUGCAGUAUGCAGAGCUCAGCCAGAGCUCCAUGGAAAUGCAGGAUUUUCCAGUUGGAAGCCAAAUCUCCUUUAUUUGCCGCCCAGGAUACAUCAGGGUCAUGAACAUGUCACUCACCUGGACGUGUGGUGAUGAUUUGCAGUGGUCACCCAAGGGUGUGUUCUGUACAGAGAGAAAAUGUCCAUACCCAGGAGACUUGGCAAAUGGUUAUUUUGAUCCAGCAGAUCUUACAUUUGGUUCAAAAUUGACAUUUUCUUGUAACGAAGGAUACAGAUUACAGGGUAGUGAAGAGAUUUCCUGUGAUAUCAAGGAUGAAGGUGUUGGCUGGAGUGCAGCUCUGCCUUCCUGUGAAACAAUCCCUUGUGAGCCACCACCCAAAAUAGCCAACGGGGUCUACGAGGAAAGGGCCAGCUACGUGUACCAGAGCUCAGUGACCUACAGGUGUCGGGAUGUUCCCAAGGGCAGCGAUCCCUUCUCCCUCAUUGGCAAUGCCACGAUCCACUGCACAUCUGAUGAACACUCCAACGGAGUUUGGAGCGGGCCACCUCCAGAAUGUCGAGUGGUCAAAUGUGAAGACCCCAGAGUUAAAAAUGGGAGAAAAAUAUCUGGAUUUGGAAAUUCCUACAGUUACAAGGACUCAGUUGUGUUUGAGUGUGAACAAGGCUAUUCCAUGUUUGGAGCAGGGGUAAUUACCUGUGAAGAAAAUAGCAACUGGGUUCCUCCAAAACCAACUUGUGAGAAAAGUAAGAUUUUCUCUCCUGCAGAGGUGUGUCCUGCCCCGGAGGUCCCCAAUGGGCUCCUGGUUCCAGUCAAGGCUGAUUAUGACAAAGGAGAGUCUGUGCAGAUCCAGUGCAACCCUGGCUGCUCCUUCCCUGACGGCUCUGCAGAGGUGACAGUGACCUGUGGAGAGCAGAGGUCCUGGGGUGCUUUACAGCACUGUGCCUGCAAGUCUGAAGGCUCUGGUUCCACACCAGUCAUAAAUUAUGGGAGAGUGACAGCUGGACAAAAAUCUUCCUAUUCUGUGGGGGAUUUCAUCACCAUCGAGUGUUACACGGGGUACACCUUGCAGGGGGAGCCUCGGAUUCAGUACACUGGAGACAACCAGUGGGUGCCAGCAGUGCCAACCUGCCAGCUCAGUGGAUAUAUUAUAGCCAUCAUCUGUGUGAUUGUGGUAGUUGUGGCGCUCCUGGCUGCCUUCUGGAUCUACAAGGAAUUCUUCUCACAAAAUGGCUCGUACACAGUUGAUGAGAGUUGCAAGGAAACUUGUAUUUUAAAAGCUAAUGUUCCAGCUGAGAUGGAAGGAACUGCACAAAUGAAUUAAAGAAAAGGAAACGUGACAGCACUCCCAGUUCUGCCGAAUAUAAGAUGUGUAACCCAUGACUGACUUUUUUUUGGGGGGGUGGGAGGGACUUUGUGGUGGAAUAUCCCUGUCAGAGCUGGAAAAUGAUUGAUUGCCCUUGCACUGAGUUGCUGUCCAUGAGUUCCUUGUGCUGUGUCUUGCCCUGCUGAUGAACUGGAGGAGGAGAUGCUUGAUAGGAUAAAAAGUGUGUGUGCUUAUAGAUAACCACAGACAGAUCCUGCUUUGCCCUCGUUGUCUCUCUGUGAGCUGGGGACAGGGAAUAGCUGCAGCAUGCCAGAGUCUGGGAAUGCUGCAAUUUCACUGCCCAGCCCUGCUGCCUUCAGUGCUGCCCCUUGCCUUACAGAAAAUGUCCAAUAUUCUCCUCUCCUGCAGGGCUCUGCUCCCUCAAACCUGGUUGUCCUUCCCAUCCCUUUUUGCAGUUGAGGUGGUGUAAAUGGUUCUGUUGUUUUUCUGAAAUGGGCUGUUGCUCCUUCCCUGAAGGAUCUGGUGCCCUUGUAGACCGUGUCUUUUUAUCAUUAUUAAGAUCUUAUAUACUCUACCUCUUUGUCUGCCAAAGCUGGUUGCUGUGUAUAUAAUGAAUUAAAGUGUGCCUUGAAAUCAGAGUUUUAUAGCUUUUCCUUUGCUUUAAAGAAGGAAAAAAGCCAUAUAUAUAUAUAUAUAUAUAUAUAUUUCUGAUUCUUUGCUAUAAUCCCCCAAAGACUGCAGUGGAUUUGUUGGAACUGAAAGCUGAAGGAUUCUGUAGCAAAGGCAUCCCCUGCCUGUUGACAGGAGGUCCUGAAUGAAAGGAACUGCUGAGAGCUCAGUGGUGGCUGUGUCCUGCCAUGAGCACAGUGGAAGUUCCUUGGGGUUCUUGAUUUUAGUGAGCCUUGAUGUCAGUUCUGGAGAUCUUCUGUUGCAUUCAAGGAUAGAAACAGGUGCUGUGUGAUCCACCUUGCCUUUUUUUUACUUGAAAUCACAUAUUGCACAUUUCUAACCUCUGCUACAGACUGGGAUGUUAAAUCAAGCUCUGAAAAGCUGGAUUUAGCAUCAGAUUCCUGUUUGGAAGCAGAGGCUUUUCCCUGUCGCUCACUUUCCAUGUUAAAGGCAAACCAGACCAGUUCAACUGUGUGAGUGCUGGUAAAUGUGGUGGUCUCUUGUUUUGCUAUUUGUUCAUCAAAUGUUUUAGUCCAGAUUCUGACUCCAGGAGCUCCCACCACGGUGUUUGUCAUUAGCAGAGACCCACUGCUACUUCUAACUCCUCAGCAAACCCUAAAUCUUAACUAGAGCAGGUCUUUAGCUUCAUGAAUCUCACUAUCAGCAUUCAGGCAGCUUCUAAUUUUCACAGAAAACCCAAACAGCCUCACUUCAGAUGCCUGAGGCUGCAUUGAAACUGCUCUGGCUUGUCUGUGUCUGCUUGGCACUGCUCUCCCUGUCAUCAACAGAUUGUUGGAGUGGCACAGAACUGUUGAGGGCUUUUUGGGACAAUCCCAGCAGUCUCAUUGUUAGAGUUGAUAAUAGGCUGUGGUUGUUAGAAAGGGGCUUUGGCUCUGCAGGAGGAUUUGCUGUUGGUGGCCUGGCUGAUAUCUCAGUUUGAGAGGUGUUUGCAAACACUGGGAUGUGUGACUGGGGCUGAGUGUGCUGGUGGUCAGGAGCUCAGCUUGCUUUGUGUGGCAUCUGCAAUGUGCUGAAAUACACUGGAAUGUACUUUGUUGGGAAGUGAAAUCACUGUAAAAAGCGGCCUUUUUUUACUCUUCUUUCUGGAUGUAAAGAUUAGCGAUGAUUUGUAAUAUUCCAAAUAAAAAUGUUAAAUUAUUUAGCA